ACUGAAUGUACUUGCCUGUGAUGCCACAAGUUAGUGUUUCUCUGUCCAUGUACCUUCCCGUACUUGUGCAAUUGGCAAUAAAUUCAACAGGACCUGAGAAAUCUCAGUGAGAUUUGAUUAGUGAUGAUCAUCUUGGCAGCUCGGUAGGUCGAAUGUGGAGAGACAGUACACUGUUAAAUGCAAAUCCCUGAACAAUGUCGAUGAUGAGAGGGUUUUUAGACUCGAAGUUCAUCGCUCCCUGAAAGAGACUGCACAGAUUGAUCGGGUGGUUAAGAAGGCAAAAGACAUGGUUGUCAUUAUUAGUUGGAACAUUGAGUUCAAAGGUCGGACUGUGACUGUUUCUUUAAGAGCGUCGGUGUGAGGAGGCGGGACUAUGACGUCAGUCACAGGCUGACAGCGCUGACUGUGGACUGAACAAGAGAGCUGAGGCUUGGAACUCUCCUAUGCCCACAAGAGUGGGUUAAUCAUCGGUACACGGAACCACAACGAAUGUGUGUGGCUGUCACUUCGUAUAAUCCAUAGGAGUGGGUUUUGGAAUAUCUUGUGUUAACCCUUGCCUGGGUAUGUUGUGUGGUAACCCCUGGAAGACGGUAUUCCUCUGACAGGUCACUUUCGCUGAUAACUCGUCUGUGGACGGAUUCAACGGAUAAGAACUUCGUCGACGGUUAUUUUGAAGUAACGGCCUUUUCUCUACGUUUCACCCUGGAUUACAAAUAUCUCUCUCCCAUCAUUUAUUCCGUGUAUUACUGAACUUUCCUACUUUACCAUCUCAAGACUCAAUGCUUUGUUCCCUCACGUUCGAUAGUCUGGGAAUUAUAUUUACACAUAUAUACACAUUACACUGGUAACUUUCCUUUAUUUCGUUGUUACUAUAUUAUAAGUCGAUACUACUAAAGACAAUGGCUUUAACAUCAAAACCAGACUCCAGUGUGAACUCUAUUGCUGCUGGUUCGUUUCUAAAACGUUACAGCUCGUAACACAGUUUUAUAGAACUAGUUAGACCACAUCUGGAGUGUUUCAUACAGUUCUGGUCGCUCCCAUUCUCGGAAGGAUGUCGGGGCUUUGGACAGGGCGCAGAAGAGGUUUACCAGGACACUGCCUGGAUUAGAGGGCAUGAGCUAUAACGAGAGUUUGGACAAACUUGUGUUGUUUUCUCCAGAGCGGCGCAGGCUGGGGUGAGAGUGGAUGGACGUUUAUAAGAUUACAAGAGGAAUAGAUAGAGUGGACAGACGAUAUAUUUUUCCUGGGGUUUGAAAUGUCUAAUACAUUUAAGGUGAGAGGUGAUGUGAGCGGCAAGUUUGCUUCUUUCCACAGACGAAUGAGUAGCUGGAUGGGGGCCUGGGUGGGGGCGGUGUCACCAAUCCUGACACGUGAUUCCGUUUGCCCCUCCCAUUUAACCGCAGAUGGGCAGCAUCUGCGCGUCUGUUUCCGAGGCCCCGCCUCCCGAUGAUGUAACAAUCUGUUCGCGCAUGUUCACAGUCUCCGGGUGGACGGUGUUAUCCUCUCCGCUCAGAGCUGAAGUGGGUCGGUGGUGUGAUCGGGAAAGACUUUCGUCUCUUCCGUCGGGAUCACUGUCUGUGGGCCGAAGAUAUCACUUUUCCAUCGUUAGACCUGCUGUGAGAGAUUUAUUGGAAGAAAAACCACAACUGGAAGCAAACCACGACUGAAGAUGAGGGAACAGCAACAAGUGAACCAGCCCGAGGACUGAGAGCACCGACUGGAGAGAACCCAUCUGACUCGGAGAUUCCAGUGAUUCAGUCAGGAGAAAGUUUGGACUGAUUUGUAUUUCCUGAAAUGGACCUGAUUUAACCUGGAAAUGGAAAUGACUCGUCCUGUGAUAGGACAUCAGUAAAGAAAGCACAGCUUUUCCCUGUCAAUUAUCUGUUAGACCUGUGGUGAGAGAUUUAUUGGAAGAAAAACCGCAACUGGAAGCAAACCACUACUGAAGACGUGGGAACAGCAACAAGUGAACCAGCCCGAGGACUGAGAGCAUCAACUGGAGAGAACCCAUCUGACUCGGAGAUUCCAGUGAUUCAGUCAGGAGAAAGUUUGGUUAAAAAUGAGAAGGUAUUAGUCUCCAGGAAGCUCAAGCACGGCACAACAGUUUUGAUGUCUCUGUCUAGAUGUUUAAAAAGUGGAGCAAGGGAACCAAUUGACCAUCCUUCCUGUUCAGACUGUGGGGAGGGAUUCACUUGGGCAUUAGACCAACUGGCACACCUGUAAUUUACACAGGAGAAAGACCGUUCACCUGCUCAGACAGUGGGAAUGGAUUCACUCAGUUAUCACAAUUGAAUGUACAUCAGCAAGUUCACACUGGGCAAGGCCAUUCAUCUGUUCUGUGUGUGAGAAGGGGUUCAGACAGUCUUCUCACCUGUGAACAUACCAAUCAGUUCACACCACACCGGGCAGAGGCUGGUCAUCUGCUGAAAUUCUGGGAAAGGAUUCACUCGGUCAUCUGACCUAAUGGCUCACCAGCGAGUUCACACUGGGGAGAGGCCGUUCACCUGCUCACUCUGUGGGAAGGGAUUCACUCAGUCAUCUGACCUAAUGGCUCACCAGCGAGUUCACACUGGGGAGAAGCCAUUCACCUGCUCAGUCUGUGGAAAGGGAUUCACUCAGUCAUCCAACCUACGGAGACAUCAGCGAGUUCAUACUGGGGAGAAGCCGUUCACCUGCUCAGUCUGUGGGAAAGGAUUCACUCAGUCAUCCCACCUACUGGAACAUCAGCAAGUUCACACUGGGGAGAAGCCAUUCACCUGCUCAGUCUGUGGGAAGAGAUUCACUAAUUUAUCCAGCCUACAGAGACAUCAGCGAGUUCACACUGGGGAGAAACUGUUAACAUGCUCAGUCUGUGGGCAGAGAUUCACUAAUUUAUUCAGCCUACAGACACAUCAGCGAGUUCACACCGGGGAGAAGCCAUUCACCUGCUCAGAAUGUGGGAAGGGAUUCACUCGGUUAUCUACCCUACUGGUACAUCAGCGAGUUCACACUGGGGAGAAGCCAUUCACCUGCUCAGUCUGUGGGAAGGGAUUCACUCAGUCAUCUCACCUACGGAGACAUCAGCGAGAUCACUCUGGAGAGAAGCCAUUCAACUGCUCAGUCUGUGGGAAAGGAUUCACUCAGUCAUCUACCCUACUGGUACAUCAGCGAGUUCACACUGGGGAGAAGCCGUUCACCUGCUCAGAAUGUGGGAAGAGCUUCACUCAUUUAUCCAACUUAUGGAACCAUCAGCAAGUUCACACUGGGGAGAGGCCGUUCAACUGCUCAGUCUGUGGGCAGAGAUUCACUAAUUUAUUCAGCCUACAGAGACAUCAGCGAGUUCACACCGGGGAGAAGCCAUUCACCUGCUCAGAAUGUGGGAAAGGAUUCACUCGGUCAUCCACCCUACAGAGUCAUCAGCGAGUUCACACUGGGGAGAGGCCGUUCACCUGCUCAGAAUGUGGGAAGAGAUUCACUCGGUCAUCUGACUUACGGAGUCACCAGCGAGUUCACACUGGGGAGAAGCCGUUCACCUGCUCAGUCUGUGAGAAGGGAUUCAACCAGUUAGGUAACCUACAGAGACACCAGCGAGUUCACACUGGGCAGAAGCCAUUCAUCUGCUUAGUCUGUGGGAAGAGCUUCACUCAUUUAUCCAACCUAUGGAAUCAUCAGCGAGUUCACAUUGGGGAGAGGCCGUUCACCUGCUCAGUCUGUGGGAAAGGAUUCACUCAGUCAUCUACCCUACUGGUACAUCAGCGAGUUCACACUGGGGAGAGGCCGUUCACCUGCUCAGUCUGUGGGAAGGGAUUCACUCAGUCAUCUACCCUACUGGCACAUCAGCGAGUUCACACUGGGGAGAGGCCUUUCACCUGCUCAGUCUGUGGGAAGGGAUUCACUCGUUCAUUCACCCUACAGAGUCAUCAGCGAGUUCACAGUGGGGAGAAGCCGUUCACCUGCUCAGUCUGUGGGAAAGGAUUCACUCAGUCAUCUACCCUAAUGGCACAUCAGCGAGUUCACACUGGGGAGAGACCGUUCACCUGCUCAGUCUGUGGGAGGGGAUUCACUCAGUCAUCUACCCUGCUGGCACACCAGCGAGUUCACACUAGAGAGAGGCGGUUCACCUGCUGAGAAUGUGGGAAAGGAUUCACUCAGUCAUCCCACCUACUGGCACACCUGUCAGCUCACAAUGGGCAGUGGCCAUUGUUAUGAAUCCCUAGGUUUUGUUUGCUGUGGACUGUCAUUUUAAGAGAGAGAGAGAGAUUAAGAAGGCAAAUGUGUCUGACGCAGCUUGUUUACGUCGCUCGCAGCUUGUUUAGUUUUAACCGAGGACACAAACACAGAGUCAGACGGAGACGAAGGAGGAAAAAUGGAAGAAUCGAAACCAGGGAACUAGUGGCCAAGGGUCACUGUUCGGAACUUUACUUUGCCCACAAGGGUGGGCUAAUUAUCGAUUCACCGUACUCAAAUGUGUGGUUGUCACCUCAUUUGAUCCAUGGCAGUGGAUCUGAUUUGUGAUAUCCUGUGGAGACCACUGAUGUGUUAACCCUUGCCUGGCUGUGGUUUGGUAAUUCAUUUGAAGAUGAUACCCCUUAUGAUAAGUCACUUCGGGUGAUAAUUAGUAUGUGGAUUUGGAAAGAUGACAGAUAAAAUCUACAGCGACUGUUGGUCUCAUUUUACCACCAUGGAACCUGUGGAAUACGACAUAAUUGCCUUCUCUCAACAUUUAUCCUGGAUUACAAAUAUCUCUCUCAUCACCUAUUCUGUGGUUGAACAGAACUUUCAUACUUUCCCAUCUCAAGACUCAAUGCCUUGUUUCCCCCGAGCUCAAUAGUUUGGGAGUUGUAUUUAUACACGUUUAUACACAUAACACUCACGAGGAAAUCUGCAGAUGCUGGAAAUUCAAACAACGCACACAAAAUGCUGGUGGAACACAGCAGGCCAGGCAGUAUCUAUAAGGAGAAGAAAUGUCGAUGUUUCAGGCUGAGACCCUUCGUCAGGACUAACUGAAAGGAAAGAUACAAAGAGAUUUGAAAGUAGUGGGGGGAGGGUGAAAUGCGAAAUGAUAGGAGACCAGAGGUGGUGGGAUGAAGCUAAGAGCUGGAAAGGUGAUGGGCGAACGUGAUACAGAGCUGGAGAUGGGAAAGGACCAUCGGACAGGAGGCCUCGGGAGAAAGAAAGGUGGGGGGAAGCACCAGAGAGACAUGGAAAACAGGCAAACAAUUAAAUAUGUCAGUGAUGGGGUAAGAAGGGGAAGAGGGGCAUUAAUGGAAGUUAGAAGUCAGUAUUCAUCCCAUCAGGUUGGAGGCUACCCAGCCGGUAUAUAAAGUGUUGUUCCUCCAACCUGAGUUUGGAUUAAUUUUGACAGUAGAGGAGGCCAUGGAUAGACAUAUCAGAAUGGGAAUGGGACAUGGAAUUAAUAUGUGUGGCCACUGGGAGUAGUCUGUUGCUGCUGGUUCGUUUCUAAAGUGUUACGGUUUGUAACAAAAUGGGGCCUGCAUCUGGGAUAUGAACAAAUUUAAGGAUUAAUUUAAUAUGGAUUUCAUUGGGGAAAUCCCUUUUGAUUAAUUUGUGUGUGGAAAAUCAGCAGCAAUGGAUGUUCAUAGAUAUCUGGAAGUGUGAACCUCUCAGGCAUUAGAGAACACCAGAAGGAUUGAGUUGUUGAGUAUUGCUAAAACGUUAAUGCUUGCUAAGGUGAAAUUCACAAUCAGGAGGGCACAGAUGCAGAGGAUAAUAGCUGAACAUGAUGUAUCUGAGGGUGUGUUUAAAGUGGAGGAGUUGGAGGUGUUUCCUGAAAGUAAACCGAGUGAGCUUGAGCUCCAGUACAAGUGAGAAAAAUUAAAAGUGGAGGCUCUGGAAAGGCGGAAGCAGUUUCAGGCUGGAGAGGCAGAAAAUCAGAAAGAAAAUUCUCUUACAAUGUGUAAUUAAGAGGAAGGCUUAGCAAGCCUAUUCUGCUUUGACAGUUGCUGAAGCAGCUUAUUAUUUAUUUAUUUAUGCUGCCCCAAUCAUCGCCACUGGGCUAUAAAUGUGCAGGAGCUGUGUGUGGUUCAGUGCUUUGCUCAAGGACACACAAGCUGCCUCAGCUGAGGCUCGAACUCAUGACUUUCAGAUCGCUAGUUCAACACCUUAACCACAUGGUCACGCAGCACACAUUAUGCCCUAGUGAAACAGGCUGUGCUCAAACCUUACAAGUUGGUCCCAGAAGCAGACAGGCAAAAGUUUAGAAAUUUGAAGAAAUCUAUGAACCAGACAUACGGAAUUUGCUUAUGAGAAAUUUGUGUGUUUUGACCGCUGGUGCACAUCUGAACAUGUAAAUGAUGAUUUUAACAGCUUCAAAGAGUUGGUUUUAAUUGAAGAAUUCAGAAGGUGCGUCUAUGAUGACAUAAAGACGUAUUUCGAUGGAAAUGAUGAAACAUUUUCAUAUGAGUUGAAUUGUCUUUUCCUAAAUCUUACUUAUAUUAUCCUUAAUUAUUUGGAUGGAGGUUCGGAGUUAUUCGCACUACUGUAUAUGUACUUAACAUUAUUCAACGGCCCAUGUUGGUUAGUGUUUUUUUUCUCUUUUUUUUCUGGGGUCUUUUUUUUUUCUUUUUAUUUCUUUGUUCAUCAACGUUAUGAGUUUGGGAGGUUAUCUAUUUUUAUUAUUAUAUAUCUGAAUGUCUAUUUAAACUAUUAAUUAUGUACUCUCAAACACUUUGUAUUCAUCUUUCAUUUAUGUUUGUUUAAAAUUAAUAAAAAGAUUUUAAAAGAGA